CCAUUUCCGGCCGGCAUCGCCCGUCGCCAUUCUGCCAUCGACGACAUGAACAGGAGCGUCCGCGCCGACAACGUCGAGUUCACCGUGAAGGCGUCCGAAGACCUUAUCUUGACCGGCAGCGAACGGUCGAUCAUUCGAGUGCCAGCCAACAACAUGUACUCAUGCUUGAUGCAGAAGACCCAACGGUUUUCGUCGCUCUUUCGCCAUUACAGCAAACAUCAUGGUUUGCCACGAGAGUGCCUAGACUUCUUCUUCAUGAGUCUACUCGAUCCUGAAGAAUGCCCCGAAUCCGUCCAUUUGCAAAAGAACGACAUCAUUCAAGUGCGCCACCGUCGGGAAACACCCAUCUUGAUGACGCCGAAGCUGUCCGACGAUGAGUUCUUCCUCUCCAUGAAGCGAAUGCUGCAGAGCGGGUUCAACUGCGACGUGAUCCUGAAAGUGGGGCCGAAAGAAGAGGAACUUCGAGCGCACAAGUGUGUGUUGACGACCCGGUGCGAGGUGUUUCGGUGCAUGUUCCCGACCGACACGAAGAGCGGAAUGGCCAUGAAGGAGAAUGGCGAUGGAACUGUCGUGAUUCGCGACCACUCGCCCGACAUGGUGGCCAAGCUUCUCGAGUUCAUCUAUACCAACCGCGUGCAUGAUUUGGCCAAACUGUCCACAGCCCAACUGAUUGACUUGUUGUCGCUUGGCGACCAGUACCUCAUGCGGCCACUGCGGGACCUGUGCGAGCUCCAGGCGAAAGAUCUUAUAUCAAAUGAAUCGUGCGUCAAGCUACUGAGCGCCGCAGAGAAGUACAACGCCAACUUCCUCAAGGAAACUUGUGUCAAGCACAUUGUGGACAACAUGGCGCAACUUAUCGACGACGAAGGAUUUCGCCAUGAGAUCGAGCAGUGCCCGUCCCUCGCGCUCACUUUACUCCGCGCUCAGCACAUGCAAGCCAGUCCGUCCGACCUUGAGCCGGCAACAAAACGCCGACGGCUAGCCAUGCCCUCAACACACGACGACUACGACGAUUAUGAAUAGCCAGAACGAAGCACGAUUUGCGACCUGCCCACUCCCCCGUUUAGCCCUUUGUAUUUAAUCGAGUAAAAAACGUACGAUCUGUGAUACCUGCCCCGUUCCAGGCAGAUCACGAGCUGUG